AAAUAACCGACACACAGCCCUACAGAGUGUGUGUAUGAACGGUUUUGAGUCGGUUGUGUCACUGCGCUCGGUCUUCUGUGCAAAGUUUCCCGCUGACCGUAAAGCCUGAAGCUGCGUGCGCGCGGAAUUAACGGGAAGAGCGGCCGCUUUAAGCCUGCACGAGCCGACGGGCGGAUUGUUCUCCAUCUCAGCGCGCGCUGCUCAUCCUCCCAACGCGCUUUUCACGGAGAAACCAUGUCCUUCCACAGGUCCGGCUCAGAGGCAUGGAACGGAGCUCCAGAGCGCAUGCGAGUUACUACAGCUGUGAGUGAAUCCUCGUCCAUUCACAGUGAGAAACUGCGCAGUGUGGCGCGAGACAUUUCUGAAAUCAGCCACAAGAAAGCAACAAGCAGACAUGAUGGAAAAGCUGCUGAGGAACCGGUUAAGCCCCACCCAUGUCUGCAAGGAGGCGUGUGCUUUGCUGACGGCCGAAGGAGAGUGGAUUAUGUGCUGGUUUAUCAUUGCAAGAGACGCUUCUCCGUCGUCACCAACGGCAACCUGCCCCCCGAAGGUCCCGCCCCUCUCGACACGGACACCACACAGGCUGACCUGGCAGAGGUGGAGCUGGAAUUGGGUGUGGCUCCUGGGCCAGGAGAAGGAGAAAAAGCCCUGAUCAGGGAGGAGUUUGAGCGUGGGCUGCAGGACCAGGGGCUGGAGAUCGAACAAGACAUAGAGAUGAAGACAGUACGUUUCACACGUCUCCAUGUCCCCUGGUCUGUGUUGAGUCGUGAGGCAGAGCUUCUAAAGAUCAAAGUUCCUACCAAAAGAAUUUACGAGCUGAAGGAGAAAACAGGACUCUCUGGAGUUCUCACUUCACUGUGGGAGAAAAUUAAUCAGCCGUUCCAACCGGGAGUCCCAGAGACACAAAAAAACCCCCACACACGAGUCCUGUCACUGCCGUUCAACAGAGAGAAACUACACCUGUUCGACAUUAAGUCGAGGAACACACUCUUCGACACGGCAACUCGAGGCAGAAUUGUGUUUGAGAUCCUGAGACGCACAGCGUGUACUCGGUCGUGUCAGACGAUGGGAAUCGCAUCGUUACUUGCUAAAGGUGUUUACGACGCAGCGUUUCCUUUACACGAUGGGGAUUUCAACUCUGAUGUUAAAGAGGUUCGCAAUGACAGGCAGUUGUUACAUGAUGAAUGGGCCAAUUACGGAGUUUUCUUCAAGUAUCAGCCUGUGGAUCUCAUCAGGAGGUACUUUGGGGAGAAGAUCGGUUUGUACUUCGCCUGGUUGGGAGUUUAUACUCAGCUGCUUAUUCCUGCCUCAGCGAUGGGGAUUGUAGUGUUUCUGUACGGCUGGAUGACCGUAGAUACCAACGUACCCAGUCAGGAGAUGUGUGAUAAGCGUCUGAACUUCACCAUGUGUCCUCUGUGUGAUGAAGUGUGUGAUUAUUGGCAGUUGAGCAGUAUGUGCAGCACGGCGAGGGCCAGCUACCUGUUCGAUAAUCACGCCACCGUCGCCUUCGCCAUCUUCAUGAGCCUCUGGGGGGCUGUGUUUCUGGAGCACUGGAAGAGGAGACAGCGAUGUCUGCAGCAUAGCUGGGAUCUGACCGGCGUCGAGGACGAGGAGGACAGAGCUGAAGAUGAGCUGCGGCCGGCGUAUGAGGAUUUCCUCCUUCAGAAGCGACAGAAGAAGAGCAAAAACAAAACGAAAGAUGAGACGGAUGAGAGAACACAUGAUGUUGGGAAAGAGCAGUUACUAUCCGCAAAAGGAGGACAACCUCUGUUUGCAUCAGAAUCUCUGACAUGGAGAGAUCGGUUGCCGGGAUACUGCAUCAACAUUUCCUCCAUCCUCCUAAUGGUGGUGGUCACACUAGCAGCGGUGUCUGGUGUCAUUCUGUACCGCAUCAUUGUUUUCGCUGUGAUGUCGAUGAACCCGGACCACGAGGCCAAGGCCAAUGUGCGGGUUACCGUGACAACCACAGCAGUCAUUAUCAACCUGCUGGUGGUCUUGGUGCUGGAUGAGAUCUACGGAGCCGUGGCAGCCUGGAUCACAGAGUUAGAGAUUCCGAAGACUGAAGCAGCGUUUGAGGAACACCUGAUCCUGAAGACUUUUCUGCUCAAGAGCAUGAACGCUUUUGCACCUGUCUUCUACGUGGCAUUCUUCAAGGGCAGGUUCGCAGGACGGCCUGGUGAUUAUGUCUACGUCUUUAAAGAUUUCCGGAUGGAGGAGUGUGCUCCAGCAGGUUGCCUGAUUGAAGUGUGUAUCCAGCUGGGUAUGAUCAUGUUGGGGAAGCAGCUCAUCCAGAACAAUGUGUUUGAGAUCGCCAUCCCAAAGCUAAAGAAGAUGUAUCGUAAAUAUAAAGAGGAGAAAGAAGGAGGGGAGAAGAAGAAGGACAAGGAUCCGAAUCGUCCACGGCAUCGCUGGGACUUGGAUUACCAGCUGGAGCCGUACGAGGGCCUGAGCCCGGAGUAUAUGGAAAUGAUUAUCCAGUACGGGUUCGUUACGCUCUUCGUGGCCUCUUUCCCGCUGGCUCCCGUCUUUGCUCUGCUCAAUAACAUGAUUGAGAUUCGACUCGAUGCUGCAAAAUUUGUAACAGAAAUCCGCCGUCCUGAUGCAGUCAGAGCAAAAGAGAUCGGAAUUUGGUACAACAUCCUGAGUGGAAUCAGCAAGUUUGCAGUAAUCACAAACGCGUUUGUUAUUUCCUUCACGUCAGAGUUCAUUCCGCGGAUGGUGUAUCAGUACCUGUACAGUGAGACAGGAACCAUGCAUGGCUUUAUUGACCACACACUGGCGUACUUCAACACCAGCAACUUCAAGCCUGGCACCGCACCCAACAGCACACGCCUCGACCGGGAGCUGCGUAUCUGCAGGUAUAAAGAUUAUCGGGAUCCCCCUUGGUCCCCUGAGUCCUAUCAGCUCUCUAAGCAGUACUGGUCAGUGCUCGCUGCUCGACUUGCAUUUGUCAUCUUUUUCCAGAACCUGGCAAUGUUUCUCAGUAUGCUGGUGGCAUGGUUGAUUCCAGAUGUUCCCCGCUCUUUGAAGGACUGCCUGAAGCGGGAAAAAGCCUUGUUGCUAGAUCUUCUUCUUAGCGAAGAGGUGGAGAAGCAGCGAAGGCAAUCACAGCGUCCUGCCAAAAUCAACAUAACAAUCAAUAACUCAGAGGAGGAGACUGUAGAGAUUGAGCCAGACUGUAGCAUCAUGCUGCAAAGCCAGACAACUGAGAAUGAGUUACAGACUGCAGACAAGGAGAACCUACCAAGAGAGGAAGCUGAAUCUACCACCAUUGAGCCGAUUAGCCUUGCAAACGACUGUCAAUCUCUUACCACAUCAGAUCCUCACUUAAAUCAGCCUGUUCCUCAGAGUCCAGUAAAACCAGUAGGCGCAUCCAACUACCAAGAGUUUAAUCUAAACGGACCUCCACCUCGAGAUCCAGGAUCCAGGUCCAGGAGCCGCUGCCAAACCCUUCCACCAAGACAUAGAGGAGACCAACCCGGAGACAGCUCAGGCAGAACUAGCCACUCCACCAGCUUUGUACAUUUCAACCAGAACUUUCCUCAAGCAACCAGUGAACUCAUACAGGAUACUCCCACUGUACCUUUACCAGCUCAGGAUAAAAAUCAUUCCAGAAAAACAUCUCCUAUAACAGAGCUUUUUAGUAGGCAGUUCUCAGUACUGUCUUGCCAUCCCUUUAAAACAGAGCUCCAGACAGAGGCACAGCCAUGUCCUCAAUCCAAACCGGAGAUAACAAGCAGCCAAAAAACCUUGGCACAGUCACCCUCCAAGCCAGAGCUUUCAGUCAGCUCAUCAACAGCAUUGCCACGCCCUCCAUCCAGACCAGAACUUGCAGUUUGUCAGUCAUCUGUUCUACCAAGACCCCCAUCCAAACCUGAACUAAUGGGAAGCAUUGCAAAAGGACUUCCACUCCAGGACCCAUCAAUCAGAACCAAGUCCCGGUGUCAGACUCUUCCUCCCAGACACAGAGGACGCGAUACUGUGGAACGCUCACUCAGAACCACCCAUUCCACCAGCUUUACAAAUUUCAACAAAAAGUUGUCUCCAUUAUCCAGUGAUGUGACACACAACACCUCUGUGUAAGCAAGAUUGAAUUGAACAAGUUCUGAUCCAGCCCCUUCAGCAGCUCUCUCAGUGCCAAGCAAGCUAGAUGUCUGCACAGCCAUCAGGACAUGUCUGAGUUUAACUGAGGAUGGAAUCAUCUGUAAAUUGUCAUCGAGUCAUCAUCACCAACCAGUAGUUAGGGGGUUCAGUUGUUCUGUUGAAGCUGAAGUGCUGAACUGUGAGGGAUUUUUUGGUGAUUUACUGAAACCACCUGAUAUUAUUAAAAUCAGACAUGUUUCCACUUUUUCCCUGAAUUUAUUUGAACAGAUGUGCAAGACACUUUCAAGUCCAAGUGAAGUCCACAAAACUGAGUCAAGUCUCUGAGCAGCAAAUCAUGUCUCAAAUCUGAGCUGCAAGUUUGAGACUCAAGUCUCUCAGCCAUAAGUCCAAGUCUCAAGUCUCUGUCCAGCAAGUCUGAGUCAAGUCUCAAGUCUAUAUCCAGCAAGUCUGAGUCAAGUCUCAAGUCUCUGUUCAGAAAGUCUAAGUCAAGUCUCAAGUCUCUUUCCUGUAAGUCCAAGUCAAGUCCAAAGUCCCUGAACUGAAAAUCUGAGCCAGUUUUCUGUUCUCCGAGUCUGAGCCAUAUUGCUGCAAGUCCAAGCCAAGUUUCAAGACUCUGAACUGCAAAUCUUAGUCAGAACUCACGGGUGAGCUGAGUUAAAUUGAAGGUCCCCAAGGUUGCCAAAUUCCAAAUCUAGUCUCAAGACACUGUGUCCUUGUGCAACUCAAGUCCCCAUUUGUGAUGUGGAUAGUCCAGUUUGUUGGAUUUUAUUAGACAAUCUAUAGUUUAAUCAGUUUGUUCUAGCACCUACUGAAAGCUUAGGAUUAUAAUAUACAUGUAGUCUAAAGUGGACUAUCCAGAUAAAGUGGAGCUUGAACAGAGAACUAUUUCUUUAGAGGAAAUGAUCAAAGUAAAGAUGCUUUUUAACCAGGAGUGAACCCUGGAGGUUUGGGGUUAAGGAGGAGAUGUGUAGCCCUCAGGGGUCAUAGUCACCUGUAGGAAUAUGAUCUUUUCUCCUGUACAUAAGGGAUAAAAUUCAUGAAGUAAAACCUGACAAUAAGAUUUUUUUUUUUAAAUACUGUUGAACUGUAAAAGUAUGUUUGAGGCAAAUAAAGUGUGGAAAAUCCUGGAGAUCACAUUAGGUGUAGAUUCACUUUAGGAAUUUUUGUGUAAAUUUAAUGUUUUAUUUGUUUUACGCUCAGAGAUCAACAUCGUGUGUAACUGAGAUCUGACCUGAGGGUCAAACAUUUAUACUGAUGAAGGAAUCUUUUGUUAUUGCCAGGAAUAUUUGUGUUGUAACUUUAACAUGGUGUUUAUCUGAAUAAAUAAAUGUUUGCUCGUAUCAUACAGCUACCUGAG